CCUCACUGUCUGACGAACCGGCGGAUGGAGCGGAGGGACGGCAAACUUGAAAACGGUAAAAGCCGGGGACAAAUCUUAAGAUGAGCCAGGGGCCAAAUCUCGUCCUCCAGUGGCUGUCUAAGCUCCACCUGACCCAGUAUGUGGAGUCAUUCUUUGACAAUGGGUAUGAUGACUUGGAAGUUUGUAAGCAGAUUGGAGAACCAGACCUGGAUGCUAUCGGGGUCCGCAUUCAGUAUCACAGACACAGGCUGCUCACAGCAGUGCAAGCGUUAAAAGAGGAGGACAAAAGGAAAGCACCUGGGUACUAUUUCACCUUAGAGCCUCUGGAUGCUUCUGCCUGCCACCACAUCUCAUACUCAGACAGACUGGGUGACUUGGAGACGCCGAGGUGUCACACACAGACUGCAGGAGUGCACCAGGCCUCCUGUCCUGGGAACCAUAACCCGAGGUUCACAGACUGUAAUGACUUUGUGACUUAUCCCAAACUGAAGCUCAAAGUACUCAUACGGGAUAAACUUGCAAAAGAUGGCAUUAACCUGGGACAAGCACCUUACACCCACAAGGAUGGCUCGGUGGGGAACCUAGAUGACCUGGCUCAGGAGUACUCUCAGUAUUACGGCACCUCCCUCAGUGACGUAUGCGAAAGGAUGGAGGAGCUACGGAAACGCAAAGUAGUGCAAGAUGCAGAGAUGGGAAAGAUUGACUCAGUGGCCACAUCAGUGCAGCUGCGCUCACAGAUCCAGGAAUCUCUAGGACUCAGCAGCACCAUGUCGACUCCAGAGACCGAAAGGAGGUUUCCUGUUCACAAAUCCAGCUCGGACGAUGGAUCAGGAGGAAAAUGGGAUGGAAAACGAAAGAGCAAGUCUUUUUGGCAAAGUUUCAAGAAGUCCCAGAAGGGUGUCGUUCGUCAGAUUUCAAAAGGUGAUGAUGUUGGGUUUGUGGCCAGUGAAGUUACGAUGAGCGAUGAGGAGCGAAUUCAGCUGAUGAUGAUGGUGAAGGAAAACAUGAUCUCCAUAGAGGAAGCCCUGGCACGGCUGAAGGAGUUUGAAAUACAAAACAGACAGACAUACAAGGCUGAUCUCACGGAGUCCACUGAUCCCUUCAGUACCCCAAAUGAGUCGUUCAGCUGUAACCCCUGCGACCUGUCGGACAACGAACAAGAGGAGUCUGUCACAUUCAGGAGGCUCCACAAGUUGGUCAACUCAACUCGGAAAACGAAGAAGAAGCUGAUCAGGAUUGAUGAGUCUAAGAGGCCUGGAGCAGAGGAGAGCCUGAAUGCGGAUGGCCUUCCCUGUGGAGAUGCCAGCAUCUCUUUAUAUUCAGGUUUGCAGAGGAAACCUUUAGUCUGUCCAGUGGACUUCCUGGCUUCAACCCUGCAGGAGCAACUCUCCUAUAACCGAGACCCGGACAGCCUGACCACCUCGCCGUCAACCAGCAGUGUGGACACCUGCAGUAGCCAAAAGACCUUCCAGACCUUGAGCAAGUCUAGUGGUAGCCCUAUUCACCAGGAGACCAACAUAGCAGGGGAGGUGAGGGAGCCAGGUGAAGGCUCUUCCUUUUCUGAAACAGAGGGCUGCAGUGAGGAACCCAAAAUUGCACGCUCGGUGACCGAUGGCGCGCUGCGUCACCCGGUCCUCAACCCACUCAGUCACCACGGGAGAGCUUCUAGCUUUGGAGGAUUCGACCUGACCAACCGCUCAGUGACUGCAGUCAGCCCUGAGAACGAUAACACUAUCAAAACUGGAGACGGGGAUUUGAGAGAUGGCGUUAAAUUCCCACCAACACCUCGUAUCUCUCUGGGUAAAAAAGUCAAGUCUGUGAGAGAGACGAUGCGCAAACACAUUUCCAAGCGAUACCAUAGUUCUCUCUCUGAGCAGUCAAGUCCAGAUCGCUCUUCCAGCUGCCCUCACUCGCCUCAGACAGACUCGGACUCUUUGGAGAAGCCCAAACUGAAGCCAGGAGGGUCCGUGGAAAGCCUGAGGAGUUCGCUCAGCGGACAGAGUUCCAUGAGUGGUCAGACGGUGGGCACCACCGACUCCUCCAACAGCAACAGAGAGAGUGUGAAGUCUGAGGACGGAGAGGAAGACGAGCUGCCUUACCGUGGACCCUUCUGUGGACGUGCUCUGGUUCACACAGAUUUCACUCCAAGUCCCUAUGACACCGACUCCCUAAAGCUGAAGAGCGGAGACAUCAUCGAUGUCAUUAGUAAGCCUCCGAUGGGUACGUGGAUGGGGAUGCUCAACGGUAAAGUCGGAACCUUCAAGUUCAUUUAUGUGGAUGUUCUGAACGAAGAGGAGGUGAAGCCCAAGAAAACACGCAGGAGGAGAAAGGCCCGGCAACCCAAACCCACCUCUGUGGAGGAACUGCUUGAUCGCAUCAACCUCAAAGAGCACCUCCCCACGUUUCUUUUUAACGGUUACGAGGAUCUAGACACAUUUAAGUUGCUAGAGGAGGAGGACCUGGACGAACUCAACAUCACAGACUCGCAACACAGAGCCGUGCUGCUCACCGCUGUGGAGCUGCUGCAAGAAUAUGAUGGAAGCAGCGACCCAGAGCGAAGCGGUCAGUCUGAAAGCUCACAGGAGAAGCUGCUGCUGGACAGGCGUGGCCUCUUGGGAGACUCCCCACGAGACUCUGGCUGCUAUGAGAGUAACGAGAACCUGGAGAACGGAAGGGGCAAAAAGACACGCUCGACCAUCAGCAGAUCUUCAUCUGGCUUUGAGUCCAGCCACCUCCCAUCCCCAGAGUACCCUGUCCUCCCCCUGCCCCUCACCUCCAUCCAGUCCAGCAAGUCUUCAUCCCACAGUAAACCCAGAUGCUUCCCCCAUGUCCAUCCUAACCUCCCAAAGCGCGGUUUGAGCUCAAUAAAAGGUUGUAUUCAGAGCAGAUCCUUUGCUAGGAGCCACAGCUGCAUGGAGCUAAGAAGAAACGCAGCACAGACUCCGCUACGCCGCUGCUUCUCCCUGACGAUUCUCCACAAAGAUCAGAAGAGAAGACUCCUCCUCCGCCCUAAAGACUUAAAUCUGUACAAAAAGAGCACAAAAAACCCACUGACAGUCGUGCGUCCAUCCUCCCACGCUUCAUGUAGGACAUCAUGCACUGCUGCAUGUACCAGCAUAGCAACACAGCAGGCACACCCAGAGCCGCCACCCACAGCUUCACCCAAAAGGUCCAGCGACCAUGUAGCUACACCUUCCUUAUUAAACCCAGCGCGAGAGCCCUUACCGACAGUAAUGCCCGACAGAGAGCACAUCUUUCUAGGAGAAAGGAAGGGUGCUUCAGUUUCAGCCACUUCUGAAGCUUGUCGGCUGAAACGAAAAGAACUAAGAAGUAAAUCUGGCGGUGGAGCUGGUUUCUAACAAGGUCUGUACAGUAAGUUCAGUACAGAAAGGUUUGACUUUACAGCGGUUGAUUUCUGGUUUUCAGCUAAAUGGAAAUUCUGAAAAUCUAACCACAGGUUUUAAAGAAAAUAUAAAGUGUAAACGUGAAGGUCUGUGCUUACGCUGUUAAACCACAUUCAUGUAGCUACUGACCCCCUCGGUCACAGUUUCAGUGAUCCCCAUUCAGCUGAAUCUGGUUUGUCUCUGCAGUGGACCUUUGCAGAGUCCAACAGUUACACAAGCAGCAGCGCUCGCUCAGAGUCGUCAUUUUUCAACACAAAGCAUUCAUGAAUAAUUUACUCAUUCUGGGUUCACUGUAAUGGAACAUUUUCAAACUGUUAAUAUGAACUGAGUGUUUUGUUGUUGUUGUUGUUGUGUUUAUAUAUAAAUAUAUAAUACAAUAAUGACAGCUGGCCUAUACAGACAAUUUUGCCCCAGAUGGCAAAGUACGGGCGCAAACUAGAAAAAGCAAUAAGCCGUUUCUUUUUCAGGGUUUAUUGACACAAUGUCACACUGUGGGGUUGCUGAACCAGAGGACUUUUUCAUUAUAUUAGGAACACCCCAAUCAAAACAUCUGCUGUGAAAGGAACCUAAAAUUAUUAACAGGCAAUCAGCUUUUAUGAUAACAAAAUGAAUGUUUCCAGACAAUGCAAAACAUUAUCUCCACUAAAUAGUGAUACAGAAAAUGUUCUUAUGUAUUAUAAGCAUAAAAAUAACAGCAGUAAAUGCUUUUUUUUUCUUAAAUAAAUCUGAUGUUUUUACAGUACUGUUACAGAAAGAUGUAAUGAGGGGUAUAUAUCCUGAAAACUUAUUAACGAUUAGUUAAAUUAAAACUCCACCACUGUUAAAUUAAAUUAUUAAAUAAUUAUAUUUCCAUAAAUGUUUCUUAUAUAUAGUCUUUUUUUAUGUAAAAUCUACUCUAAAUCUACUAAGUGUUCUGUCUGUGCUUAGCUUAGGUUGUGUUAGUAGCCCUGAGUAGAAGUGGGAUUUAGAAUGUGUUCACAGUUUAGGCUGUGGGGCCAUUUCAUGAAGGGACUGUUUGACCAGCCCCAGUGUGUCCAGAGCAGUACCCCAGGCGAGGGUAACUCCCCAACCCCCGUGGCCAUAGUUGUGGACUACAGGCACCGGCCGGCCCUGCAUCUCCACCACUUCCCUCUCCACCCUUGGGUUCUUCCUGCUGGGCCUCAGGCCGACCCACUCGCUAAGAAUUUUGGCUUUGUUGAGUGACGGCUCCAACCUUCUGCAGCGCUCCAGGAUGCCCUUAGUGUCUCUGUCGUCCACCUGCAGCCGCCAGUCUCCUUCUUGCCUCGUCCCGCCUAUAGUGACACUGCGUAUGCCGGGGUAGAUGUACGUCGUCGCAUCUCCAUCUCUAAUGAAGUGCUGCACCCAGGGGGCCUCCACUUUGAGGACCUGGCCUCUGACUGGGUAUACUUGUGUGUCUCCCACCAAUACUUUGGAGCCGAGACCGGAGCAGUUGACAAUGAUAUCAAAGCUGUUACUCAAUUCUUGAAGAUUGUUGACUUUCCUCUGUUCCACUUGACCUCCAGCUUUUCUGAACCUUUAGAGAAGAAUUUAUGAUGUUAACAUGACGAACUUUAAAUUAAGUA